AUGGCCGGCUACGAGCGAUUAGGGCAGCUGCUCGGCGGCGUCGAUGGGCCCAAUGGCGCAGACGUAUCGCGCGCCACCUCGCCCGGCGCAGAUUGGGAAGAUAGCAACGGCGAUGCCAACGCCAAAGGACGUCCCAACCGCGUCCGGCCUCGCACGUUCCCCUACACCAAGUACCUGCCUUACGAUACCGAGUCCGACGCCGAGCGGUUAGAAAAUCUGAACACCUGCAUAAAGCACCUCUACGUCGCUGUGUCUGCUGGGGACUUCUCGCCCGGUGCUGUGCACUGGACCCGCGAGAUACGCGGAUGGCUGUCCCUCAAGUUCGAUUUGCCCCGCGACGUCCGCGUCAGGCUCAUCAAGCUCUACUACGAGCUUGCUCUGGCGCCGGGUUUGGAUAUUCUGGUGGCAGAGAGGUUCGCCAGCAUGUUCAUGGUUCUCACCAAGCGCAAGCACUACCUACGCCCCGGUAAGGACCUCAUUCUCGAUUGGAGGCCACUUUAUAAGGAGCUUAAGAACUACGUGCUACCCUCCGAGUCUGGAUCCUCGACCAUGACCAACUUCAGGAGGAACAUCCGAACUGUCACGAAGCUAUGUACUUUCGCACAGUUAUACUUUGAUCCUCAAGAGAUCCCAGCUAUGCUGGAGGAGUUCCUGCCUUUCUUCAGUACUUCUUUCUCCGAAGGCGCGUAUGUGGUUGUAGGAUUGCUGAACUUGAUUCUGCCCACAACACCCGCACCCGCGGAUCGCCCAGACCUCCAACCACAACAUUACCUGCCAACUUUCUUCCACCUUUGGUCGCUCGUGAACCGGUCUCGCCUGUUCGAUGUCCAUUUCAUAGACAUCUGCUCUAGGCUCGCCCGCGACUCUCUCUCCUCCAAGUCCAUACCUUUCUCCGAGUAUGGCUUAUUCACCAGGGAUCAGUCGCAACUGAUCUUCACUGCUAUUCUCCGGCUGCUCGAGAUCCCGGUGGGCCAGUCGACUUCUCCAUACAGUUCAAGCGUCGAUGCCGGUGCCGGGUUAGCGAUUAUGCUGGAUAGAGAUCAACGGAAGCAUCCCAUCGCGCACCACGUCGCUCGAUGGAUUGUAAUGUCGCUCUCUCCAGCUUGUCUGGACAAGCCGGAUUCGAUAUUGGCAAGGUUAGAAGGACUCAUCCAGGCUGUGGAAACUUUCUACCAUCCAUCAAACUCUGGAAGUUGGACAAAGACAUUGUCUCAGCUUGUCUACUACCUUGCGGAUUUCUUCGUUAUGCGGUGGAACCGGGAGCACAGCGGGGAGAUGGAGGUCCCGGAGGAGAGGCGACUCAAUGAUGCGAUCAAGAAGAGGUUUGUCCUGUGUCUUCGGGACGUCAUCUUCAUGGGAAUCUUCGCAAAGAGCGGAACGGCAAUCAAUUUCUCCUUGUCCACGUUGCAGUGCCUGGCGUAUCUUGAGCCCAACCUUAUCCUACCCGGGGCUUUGCAGCGCAUCUAUCCCGCAAUGCAAGGCUUGGUCGAGGUCCACCGAACCAUCUCAUCAAUCAGAGCCCUGCACAUGCUUUCGAAGACGAUGGUGAGGACCAAGGGUUACCGCUGUCACAUCACAACUCUCCUCGGUCUUGCUCUUCCUGGUAUUGACGCCAACGACCUGGAGAAGACUCUGCAUACCCUUAGUUACAUACAGUCCGUCUCCUACAUUAUUCCCUUUCACGACCUUACCAAGGAGAGGAGGCCACACCCAAAUGGCGCUCUCUCCAUUGAAAACGGUGGAAUAGUAGAAAAGCGAGGCUCUGGAACCGUUACCCCCAUGCCCGAACAGGAGAGCACCCCGGAUCUUGCCCUGCAAUGGAUUGCUUCCCAGGUUGACCGUCUUGAAAGGGAAGGCGCUGGCGUCGAAUUUGAUUACGAAAAGGAACUUUCUGACCAGGAAGAGGAGGCUAUUUUGAGAUCAUCGACCACCGGAUUCGCGGAGUUUGUCAUUACUUUCCUCGGCCGUGUCUUUACUCUCCUCGAGAACCUUCCCGAUGCAUCCCGCGUUAGGAGUGGUUCGCCAGAGGAAAACGUGGUUAACACUCUUCCGGCUGCCUUUACGCCUUUGCUGGCCGCUCUUUCUCCUGAACUCUUCGAUAUUGCCUUGGACAAAAUCGCAAAUUUCGUUACGAACCAUGUUAUCCAUCAAGCGAGGGAUGCGAUGGCUUUCAUCUGCAACGGACUCGUCAAGGUCAACCCUCAAAAGACGCUGAAGAGACUUCUGCCUGACCUUUUGGCUGGCAUUCGCACAGAGAUUGGGGAGAAUGGUGCAGGAUCAUCGAGGACUACUGGCUCGGAGGUCCUCCCCAAGGACAGAGCUCUGGUCUGGAACAUCAGCUUGCUGAGCAUGUGUGUUGUUCACGUCGGUGACGCCGUCCUGGAGUACAAGGACGAGCUGUUCGAUAUUGCCAAGUACAUGCAGGAGCACUGUCGUGGAAUCCCCACUGUGCACGUCUCAAAUUUCAUCCACCACCUGCUCCUCAAUCUCACCUGCAUUUACACGGUCGAUUAUUCUCUCUACGAACCGACUGAGGCUCAGCGCGGUCUUACCGUCAACGAUUGGGGAUGUAUGCCGGAUGCGAAGGACAUCAGCGUCAAAUGGCAUGUGCCCAACACCGGUUGCAUCACUUUUGCGGUCGAGCUAUUCCAGUCACAAGUCAAGAGCGCCAUGGAAGCCCUCAACGCACUCACAGGGGAUAGUUCGCCUGUGAAGCGUGAUGGUACUGGAAAGGAGUGGUCUGACGAGGUUUCACGAAACCUCGUAUUACUCCGCCUGAUCAUCUCUGGCGUCUCGGUACUCUUCGACUCCAAGUACCCCGCACCAUCUCCACAGAAGCACAAAGAAGGGAGCGACGUCGACAUGGACGACGAUUCGGAAGAAGGCAUCGAUAACGAGCUGGGAGAAAGCGAGGACGAUGAGUCAAGACCAACCUUCCAGUACGAAGUUGGUUACCCAUGGAUUCGCGACAAGUCGAACGAGCAGUACCGCCUCCUACACGAAUUGCGGCAGGAGGUUGGCUACACUCUCCAUCGCAUCCACCAGUUCCUCGUUGAAAAGCAAGAGGACGACGUUCCCUGUUUCAAUGCCUUGUACAAUGCCUACCGGUCAUGGUUCAUCGACGUGGGGAUCGAGAGGUCCGCACACGUCCUAGACCGGGUUACUCGACUCCUUGCAGCCGAUGUUCACCCAUUCAAGGUCAGCGGGCUCAGGAAGGAAUACCCGAGGCCUCUUCUUGUAAGACGUGCCUAUGUGUACCAUCUGCAGCGUUUGAGGCACAACGCAGCUCCACGUGAGCGCUCCGACGUCGAGGAACUGCUUCUGAUGGACUUGGCCCACUCAAGCGUCUCGCUGUAUACCGAAAUCCGUCGCACAGCACAGACAGCCAACGAGUCUGCGGUCAAGUGCAUUGUCGGCUCGAGGCCCCUCGUGAUUCCGCCUCUUCUCAAGGCUUUUGAUGAAGCCGUCAAAAAGAAUGACUACCCUCGCAUCAAGGGCGCUAUGUUCUCAUUGCUGUUUGGUAGUCUGGCAAAGACGAUCUCGCGGAACUGGAAGUUCACACCUCAGCUGAUCAAGUCAUUCAUUGAAGUCACCGAAGCAGACAAGCCCUCCGUACAAAAGCUCGUAUCCAACGCAACGUUCCAAAUCAUGGAUAUGGGCAAGCCCCUCGAAAGGAUGGUGAUUCUCGAUGGAGAGAUCGUAGAAGCAAUUGUGGAGCACAUCGACAAGAGCCAGAUCGAAGAGUACAAGCCAAGGAUACCGAAGAAGCGCGAUGCUGUGAAGAACAAGCGGUCAAAGGUAGAGGCUAAGAAAGCAGAGCUAUCGGCAGAGCUUGUUGAGCAAGCCCGAUCAUCCCACUGGAAGAAGGCGAUCCGCACUGCAACCGUGGUAAUCAACCUCGGUAUGCGCUUCGAGAACAUUGCCUCAGAAGCCAUGAUUGAGCUUGCAACCAAGGGAACGAUCGAUCCUCAUCCGACUCUGCGUAGCUUGUAUCAAGGUGCGCUUCUUGGAUUCUUCCAGCUCGUGCAGACCCGAAGCCUUGCACAUCACAGCUACGAGAAGUAUAUCCUAGGUCAGGAGGAUGUCCCGGAGAAGAUUGCCGUACCAACACGCGCCGACGAGGACCCGUCGUGGACGGAUGACUAUCUUGCCAGCUUUGGCCAGCCUGAGGCCAAGUACUAUGUCGAUUUCGACUAUCCUGGCUGGUUGGUUUGGAACAAGACUAUGCCCGCUUUCUUGACGGAGACUAAAGGUCUCGAGUAUGACGAGGUUGAAACUAGGGUCAGGAAGCAGAUUGCAUCCAUUUUGGAUCGCAACUGGUUCUCAACAUACUUUGCGUAUCUGAAGCAAGAGCCGAGAGACUCGGGACAAGAUCGUUUCCGUAUGACUAGCGCGAUGAUGCUCACACAUGCGUUCGACCUCAUGUUCUCAGGGCUGACGGAGGUGUCAUUCGAUGACAUCAAGGAUCUCACAAAGUCCGUCUUUGCUGAUGGUACCGACAAGCAUCAGCAUCGCGCCACGUCCGAGAUCAUGGGUGCUUUGCUCUGCUGUGCUCCUGACUUGCCGACUAACCAGCGAACCCAGGUCUGGGAGUAUGUCUUCCCGCUGGUUCGCGGAAUUUUCCAAGAUGGGCUCACCCCUGAAAACUCUUCUUACUGGACGACCUUCCUUCAUAUUGCGCUGCAGGGUAAGGAUCCCAGACGGAGCUGGCCUCUCGUCGACGGCUUGGCUGCUUUCCGCUUGGACAUGACUUCAAGUCAGGCAUUCAAGGAAAGCUCCAAGAUCAAUCUGCUCCAGCAAACCGUCAUAGACUGUGGCUGGCACUUCCAGCUUGAGAAGCCCAUCCUUGAGGACUUUGUGAAGCAUCUCGAUCACCCUUACAAGGCUGUGCGUGAGGCCAUCGGCCAGACGAUUGCCAGCAUCUACCGCACCAGGUACCACGAGUCAUACCCGAAUGUGAAAGCGCUGGUCGACGCGCAGAAAGCCUCAUCUUCGAUCGGAGUGCGCCCCUACCAGCCUGAUGAGAAGUUCAGAGGAGUCAUCAACGACGUCUUCAGCAGGCUGGAGAAAUGGCGCAAGGAACGGCCCGCUGGUGAGCAGCAGCCGACAUCGUACACUCAAGCCGGCAAGACAGUCCUUCUUUGGCUCGAUUCAAACCUUUCAUCGUACGAGUGCACUCAGCUCGUGGAGUUCUUCCCGAACCUAUUCAUGGAGCAGCUGCUGCACAUGAUGGAUAUCAAGGAAGACCCUGAGCUUCAAUCUCUGGCCUACCACGUUUUCCGGCACUUGCCCAACAUUCCCCACCGCGCGGGCGAAGACCAGGAGUUCAUCAACUCCAUGAUCCGCAUCGGGCGCAACGCAACAUCGUGGCACCAGCGCUUGCGCGUGCUGAUCAACAUUCAAGUCAUCUACUUCCGCCGCCUCUUCCUCAUGACCGAAGAGCAGCAGCAGGCCCUCUUCGACUGCGUGUCGGCCAUGCUCGGCGACUCGCAGCUCGAGGUGCGGCUGGGGGCGCAGACGACACUGUCGGGCAUGAUCCGCUGCUCGCCGGUGGCGUUCCGCAGCCGGCAGGUCGAGGACCUGCGCAACCGCUUCACCAAGAUGCUGCGCGACAACCCGCUGCCCAAGCGCCGCGUCCCCGGCACCCCCACGCCCGAGCAGAACCGCCUCAUCCUCGUGCGCCACGCCGCCGUGCUCGGCCUCGGCGCCCUCAUCUCGGCCUUCCCGUACACGUCGCCGCCGCCCGCUUGGCUGCCCGAGGUCUUGGCCACGCUGGCGCUCAAGGCCGCUGGCGACCCGGGCACCGUUGGUAAGAGCGUGAAGUCGAUUCUUGCGGACUUCAAGAAGACGAGGCAGGACACCUGGCAUGUUGACGUCAAGGCAUUCGAACCGGAACAGCUUGAAGAUCUGGAAGGAGUGUUGUGGAAGAGCUACUUCGCGUAG